GCGGACACGGCAGAUCAACUAGACGAACCAAUAUCCAUGGGGGAACUAGCACUCGCCAUCAAAUCCAUGAAACCGGGUAGGAGUCCAGGCCCCGAUGGCCUGCCUCUCAAAUAUUAUAAAAGCUAUGCCGAGACCCUGUAUCCCCCACUACUGGCCAUGUUCAACGCCAUCAGGGAGGGACAUGAAUUACCCACACAGGCACUCAUGACCCAUAUCACCAUAAUUCCGAAAGAGGGCAAGGACAGGGAGCACUGCGGGAGUUUCCGGCCCAUAUCCCUCAUAAACAAUGACAUUAAACUACUGGCCAAGGUCUUGGCGACCCGGCUUCAGGAGCACGUGCCCUCUCUGGUCCAUGCGGACCAG